GUGUUUCCGCAUUCCGCUAAGCGCAGUCAGCUGGAGCGCGAGUUGAAGAGGGCACCGUCGCGUCUGUGAGGAGACCUGUUUCAGUCACUCCCGGGGGAAUAACGGAGCGAAGCCAGCGAGCGGGAUGCCGUACAUGUUCGUCAGCACACAGAUUCGACUGGAGAACGGUCCAACAAAUGUGGGGGAUGAAUUUUCGGAUCCAGUGGUCAUGAAUUACCUGGGAGCAAGGAAAACGACUAUGCUGGGGAACAAUUUUUCCGAGUAUCACGUGGAUGACCCGCCUCGCCUGGUGCUGGACAAGCUGGAGAAGAUCGGCUUCCGCGUGGUGUCCAUGACAGGUGUGGGACAGACACUGGUGUGGUGUCUUCACAAGGAGGUGGAGUGAUGGAUCACAAAGAUACCGUAUUUGGGGGGGGGGGGGUACUUGUAUAAGCCUUUAAAAGGGUAAAUGAAUUAUGCAGAAUAUCUUUGUCACCCGUUUUUACUCUAUACAUUCUACAUUCAAGAUAUUGGCAGCUAUAAAAUAACGCCAUAGUCAAACAAAAGUAAAGUUUGGAUUAU